GAUGUACAGUGACUCAAAGCGGAUAACUUUCAACCGUUGUUGCAGCAAGUUUAACGUAACGGAAAUGCUCCCAGGUUCCCCUAAGCUUAUUUGAGCUUAGUUUUGUUCGGAUAUUAAGGCCAUUAUGUCGGUAAACUGCCAAACAGCCAUCCAGGGACCAGGGCAUCGUGGUGACUUCUUCAGGGACUAGCUUGCCUGCUGCACCCUCUAACACAGGGUGGCAGCUGCAGUGGCUGCUGGGAUGCUGAGGAAGAGCAGCAGCCACAGUGGCGGUGAUGGUGGUGCUGGCGUUGGCAGUGGGUCGAAGCAUACUCACGGUCUGCCUCGAUACCUCUCAAAGCCCCAUACUGGGUCUUUAUCGGCCGGAUCUACUAAAACCUGGGAUAUGGGCCGCCGCUCCAAAAACCACAGUCUUCUGAGCAGCAUUGCGCUGAUGUCUCACCCGAUUGGGGCCCCUGGAGUGGACCCAGAGUAUGUGAUGCAGCUAGUGAAUGAUGUACGGUGGUUUGCUGACGUGUUGCUUAACCUUAAGGAGGCUUUCCAGUGUAAAGAGAAUCCAGAAGGCCUUCAGGUGGUGGUGCAGGAGCGUCUGGCAGAGUUACUCCGCAUCCUCAAGGCCGUUAUUGCAAAACACCCAACACUCAACUCUGUGGACAUUCUAGGAGCGGCUGGGACGGUCAUCGCCAAAGUCAAAGGCAUUAACUUCAAGGAAGUGGACCCAGAAAACACAAAAGCUGUAUUUAGUGAGAUACACACAUCCAUCGACACUUUGGCGUUCACAUUCGGCAAUGUAGUUUCUGACUUCCUUAUGGGAGAUGUGGACAGCGGCUCAGCGUUGGGGGUCCCCCAGACCAGGAGAAGCAGGUCUUUUGACAACCUCUCUGUGGGUCCUGAGGGAUACGUCUCAGAGAAAAAUGACCUUGUGGGCCCAGAGGUGCCGUUAUCACGGGAAGAAGAAGUCGACUUGACCCUGCUGAAGAAUGAUGGUGGGGUGGAGUCUGCUCUGCUCUACGCUAAGGCCUGGUCCAAGUACAUUAAAGACCUCCUGUCAUGGAUGGAAAAACGACUUGCUAUGGAUAUCGAGUAUGCCAGAAAUUAUGCCAAAAUGGCUGAGUCUGCAAAGACACUGGCCAGUCACCAGGACUACAUGCCUUUCAGCGAUAUAUAUGUCUCCACAUUCAAGAAUGACAUUGAAUACACACAGCUUCUUAUUCAAACUGCAGUGGCUCUUCAAACAAACAAAUUCAUACAGCCUCUUCUGGCCCGUAAAAAUGAGUUGGACAAAUUGAGAAAAGACCUCAAGGAGCAGUGGCAGAGGGAACAAAAGAAAAUGCAAGAGACAGAUACAACCUUGCGUAAGGCACGAGCACUGAAGGCCCAGAGGAGAGAGGAGUACCAGAGAGCCCACUCAUCUACUAAUCGCUCCCAAGAUGAACAGUCUAAUGCUGGAAACAAACAGCUGGAGAAGAAGAGAAAAAUGGAGGAGGAGGCUCUGCAGAAGGCAGAGGAGGCACAAGACCAGUACCAGAGCUGUAUGGCUGACGCAGGCGUCAGGAGGAUGGAUCUGGCCAACGCCAAGAGCACCAUCCUCACACAGAUCCGAGAGAUGGUCUUCCAGUGUGACCUCACGCUUAAAGCUGUGACGGUGAACUGGUUUCAGAUGCAACAAGCACAGACUGUGUCACUUCCCGCCCACCACCAGGCCCUGAGCGAGAGUGCCAAGUUGUACGAGCCGGGUGAAUGCUAUGCUGAGUUUGUCCGGAACCUCGCCAAAAAUCUGCCUAAGGAGCGCCUACACUCUGACUCCAUCACGUCUGACAAUACAAGGUUUGUUUUCAACAAAAGGUCAGUGGGAAGCACUCAUUCCUCCCACGGCAACCUGUCGCAGGCAUCCAUCACCUCAUGUGAUGUGCUGAGCGGGGACGAAGUGGACAGUCCACUGCAUCGGGCUGCAAAGAUCAGCGAGAGGAGGUCAAACAGCAGCACGGACAUACAAGCACUGAGAAGUCAGACAACCCUGAGAGCUUGGGCGACCAGUAGUCAGGGGAGCCAGGGUGGGAUGUGCAGUGACUCAGAAAGCGCAGGGGGCAGCAGUGAGUCCAGGUCUAUGGACUCCCCCACUGCCAGUCCAGGGGACUUCAAACGACGGCUGCCCAGGACACCCUCCACUGGGACUAUGUCUUCAGCUGAUGAUCUGGAUGAGAGAGAGCCUCCAUCGCCUUUAGACAAUGGUCUUGCAGAGAUGGUGACAGAGACAGCCAGUUCUCCUGGUCCCUUCAGAAAUGCUCAAAUGUCCAAAGCUGCUCAAACCCACAAGCUGAGAAAACUACGAGCUCCUUCCAAGUGCAGAGAGUGUGACAGUCUGGUGGUUUUUCAUGGAGCUGAGUGUGAGGAGUGCUCACUUGCUUGCCACAAGAAGUGUCUGGAAACACUUGCAAUUCAGUGUGGCCAUAAAAAGCUGCAAGGCAGAUUACACCUGUUUGGCAUUGACUUUGCACAGGCAGCAAAGAAUAGUCCAGAUGGUAUCCCUUUUAUAAUUAAGAAGUGCACGUCUGAGAUAGAAAGUCGGGCCCUCAACAUCAAGGGGAUUUAUCGUGUGAAUGGUGCUAAGUCUCGUGUGGAAAAGCUCUGUCAGGCGUUUGAGAACGGGAAGGACUUGGUCGAGUUGUCUGAUCUCUCACCUCAUGACAUCAGCAAUGUCCUUAAGCUUUACCUGAGACAGUUACCAGAGCCAUUGAUCCUGUAUCGCUUCUACAACGACUUCAUCGGCCUGGCCAAAGAGUGUCAGAGAGUAAUUGUUGAAGAAGCAGAUAAACCCCCGAGCCCCCAGACCGGAGAGAAAAGAGGGCCCAGCGUCCAUCUCAACAGAGUCAUUUUCAAGAUCAGAGACCUUCUACAUCAGCUGCCUGCAGCCAACUACAAGACUCUGCGCUUCCUUAUAGCUCAUCUCAACAGAGUGACAGAGCAGGCAGAGGAGAACAAAAUGACCGCAAGUAACCUGGGAAUUAUCUUCGGCCCCACACUGGUCAAACCUCGGCAGACGGACGCAGAAGUGUCCCUGUCAUCCCUGGUUGACUACCCCUACCAGGCCCUAAUGGUGGAACUGCUGGUUCGACACUAUAAAACAGUCUUUGACGGAUCACAUCUGUCCGUCUCUGACCACAUCGGCCAGGCUUCUCCCAGACUCACACCACAAGAGAAGUUACAGCGGCUCAGCAGACACUCGGCAUCCCUGAUGGACAUCAAAGAGCCUGCAAAGGUAUACAAAAGAUUCUCCUCUGUGAUCCCGUCCUCUCACAUCCUGGAUGAGGUUCAGGAGGUCCAGCCAGGAACCGACAGAACAGAUGGCAGUGCUCCAGAAGGACUCAACGGGAUCCAAACCUCCAGUGCAGCAGAAGUCCAGAGGUCAACCGUAGUAUUUCCCCAUCCCAGCUCCACCAACACAACCACCACUACCACGACAACCACCGCUGUGGCACCAAAGGUCCAGCUACGCACCCAGCGCUCCAGAUUUGUAUCUCGUCCGAUCAGCAUGCCGCUGGAGCGCCUGCCCACGCCCGCCCAGAUAAGUGAGAGGAAUAACCGUAACACUGCUGCUAAUGCUGAAACGAGCUCUGCUGAGCAGAACCAGGUCUCUUCAACAAUACAGGAGAUGCCAGAGCUGGAAAAGACUCGCCAAAGUGGCUCAUCGAGGGUAAGCACGUACUACAUUACUCCUUUUAUUGACACACAGACGAUGCACCGUAGGACAUGGGACAGGAAAUACAAGCACUAUGAUGUCACACCAAGGACUGCUAUGAUUGUGGCCAACCUGCCUCCUACCAGCACUGGAGUUGAAGCUGUAAAAACCAUCGUACCUGUCACUGUUAGUUCAGUAGUUACCACUGUUUCUGUGGUUCCUACAACGACCAGUGUGAGCACCGUCUUCUCCAACAGCCCGUUCACAGUGACCGUAAAGCCUGUGUGGACUUCUAAAAGGGAAAAUGACUCGCAUAAAUCAGUCAGUGAGCCGGGUAGCUCACCAAAGCUCCCACUAACACUCAGGGCACCGAGGACUCUGAAGCCUCCUCCUGGAACUUUCUACAAACCUCCUUUAUCCUUUAGCAGCAGAGCAAGGACGCUCCCAAACUGGACUACAACUAUAACCAGCAUCACCACCACCACCACCGCCUCCUUUCUCACUCCAACAAACUCUAUAGAGAUAGUCACCACGCCCCCCACUGUUACAAGCUCCUCACACACCACCCACAGGCUCCAGAGGCAGGACUCUACUGACAGCACCACUGACCCAACUGUCUCCAACUCCGCUACCCUCUCACCCCCACAGUCCCCUCCCCCUAGCAGCCCUGACGACCUCAGCCCCGGCGAGACUAAACCCGUCUACCAAAGACUGCGACCUCGGCGGCUGCAGGAGCUGGAGCACAGAGAAGCUCACUUUGUCUGAUGCCAAAAAAACUGUAAAUAUGAACGAUUUAAUCUGUGCCAUAGUGUAAACUUGGGAAAACUUUCUUUAUCUUACAAGCUAAGAGUGGGAGAAAAUGUAGGCCUGUGAAAAUAAACCAUGAAAGUGUUAUAAGUACUAAUAUAUUCUAUAUACAUGUUUAGGUCAAAUGUCAGCAGUGGUUGGUCUCCUAUGCAUUCAGACAAGUAGAAUGCAAGAAUAACGCCAACACUAAAGGCUGGCUUUAGAUAAAAAAUACAAUGUUUUUAUGGCAAUGAAAAGCUCCCAACCACAAAUAGACAUGUGUCUGUAAAGAAUAUUAAGCCUAUCGUUGUCCUUGUUUGACUUGAACAGUUAAAUUCAUGUAAAAAGUAUGAUUUGUUACAAAAAUUGUAUUUUAUUGUAAUCACAUGAUGCACUUAAUGCUGUUUUAAGAUUCUGUUUUUACCCUUUAUGUUUAAAUUAGCUUCAUUUGUGUUUUAUUCCAGAAGGAGCAGGCAAGUUAAGUAUUUUAAAAUGGUUCUUAAUUUUAAAGAAUUCAGCAUUUUUACCUUUUUAAAUUUGUCCUUAAAGCCUGUGAUUGGUACAUCUUUUCUCAGUAUGUAAACCUUAUGUAAACGUUUUAUAUCAAGUCAUACAUACUGCAUGUUUGUCACAGUAAUAUUGUCUCCUUGUGAUUAUUGUUGUGGCUAUACAGAGGAUAAAAUGACAUGCAACAGUUCUUGCUGCAAAUUAAAAAUUUAGUUAAAA